AUGCCGCCUCCGCCGCAUCAGAAACCCGAAAAUGUCUUGAAACGCGCCCACGAGCUCAUCGGCGUGAACCAGGCCCCGGCCGCCCUCACCCUCCUCCACGAGCACAUCACUUCCAAGAGGUCUCGCAAUGUCCCCAUCGUGUCGCUGGAGCCGGUUAUGCUCCUCCUAGUGGAGCUUUCCGUCGAGCAGAAGAAGGGCAAGCUCGCCAAGGAUGCCCUUUACCAGUACAAGAAUAUCGCCCAGAACACCAACGUCGGAACCAUCGAGCUGGUCUUGAAGAAGUUCAUCGAGUUGGCCGCCAACAAGGUCACUGCUGCCCAGCAGAAGGCCGAUGAGGUUCAGUCGAGCCUCGAGGCUACCACUGGUGACACCAACGUCGAGGAUCUGGAGGCCAGCGAGACCCCCGAGUCUAUUCUCCUGGCCACCGUCUCCGGCGAGCAAUCCCGAGACCGUACCGACCGCGCCAUCGUCACCCCCUGGCUCAAGUUCCUCUGGGAGGCUUACCGCACCGUUCUCGAUAUCCUGCGCAACAAUGCCCGCCUCGAGCUGCUGUACCAGAGCACGGCCAUGCAGGCCUUCGACUUCUGCCUCAAGUACACCCGCAAGACCGAGUUCCGUCGUCUUUGCGAGCUUCUCCGCAACCACGUUCAGACCGCUGCCAAGUAUUCAACUCAGAUGCAUGCCAUCAACCUGAACGACCCCGAUACUCUGCAGCGGCAUCUUGAGACCCGCUUCCAGCAGCUCAAUGUUGCCGUCGAGCUGGAACUGUGGCAGGAGGCCUUCCGUAGCGUUGAGGAUAUUCACACCCUGCUCAACCUCAGCAAGCGGCCGCCCAAGAACAUCAUGAUGGCCAACUACUAUGAGAAGCUCACUAGAAUCUUCCUCGUUGGCGAGAACUAUCUGUUCCAUGCCGCCGCCUGGUCUCGGUACUACAACCUGCUCCGCCAGUCCGCGGCCCUCGUCGCCACUGGUCAGAGCAAGAAGGCUGACAACCCGCCCGCUACCGAGGCUGAUCUUCAGAAGGCUGCCUCCUUCGUCGUUCUCUCUGCUCUCUCCAUCCCGGUCAUCAGCACCACCCGCUCUCGUGGUGCGAUGGUGGACUUUGAUGAGGCCAAGAAGAAUAAGAACUCUCGCUUGACCCAUCUCCUGGGCAUGUCCCAGGCACCUACCCGUGCCGGCCUAUUCCGCGAUGCUCUGGCCAAGUCUCUGCUCCGCCGCGCUCGCCCGGAGAUCCGGGACCUGUACAACAUCCUCGAGGUUGACUUCCACCCCCUCUCCAUCUGCAAGAAGAUCUCUCCCAUCCUUGCCCAGAUUGGUGCGGACGAAGAGAUGCAAAAGUACAUUGCUCCUCUCCAGCAAGUCAUUUUGACCAGACUUUUCCAACAGCUGUCGCAAGUCUAUGAGACUGUCGAUCUCGAGUUUGUGGAGAGCCUGGCCAAGUUCCCCGAGCCCUUCCAGGUCACGCGGUCCACCAUUGAGAAGUUCAUCAUGAACGGCAACAAGAAGGGCGAUCUCUCUAUUCGUAUGGACCACGGAACCGGUGUUCUUAGCUUUGACACCGACAUCUUCUCCUCUGCCAAGGCCGUCCACACCGGCUCUGGCGCUGGCUCUGCUGAGAGCGAGACUGGCACUGUCCAGCGCUUGCAGAGUACCCCCUCCGAGAUCAUCCGCUCCCAGAUCACUCGUCUUGCCAAGUCUCUUUACACUACCUGCUACUACAUUGACCCGUCGUUCAACGAGGCUCACAAUAAGGCUCGCCAGGCCGCCCUGGCCCGGGCCAAGGUCGGUGCAGAGAAGGAGCACCGCGAGAUCCUGGCAAGGAAGGAGGUCAUCCAGAAGCGCAAGGAGGAGGCCUCCGAGCUCCAGGCAAAGAAGGAGAAGGAGAACGCGAAGAUUAAGAAGAUUCGUGAGCAGCAACUGGCCGAGGCCGAGGCACAACGCCAGCUGCAAGAACAGAAGGAACGCGAGCAGAAGCGCAUGGAGAAGGAGCGCGAGCAGAUUCGCCAGGCCGAGGUCGAGAACAUGAUCAAGGAGCUGAAGAUAGGACCCAAGGCACUUGACAUUGACACCGAGGACCUUGCCAACCUUGACACCAACAAACUCCGAGCCAUCAAGCUUGCCCAGCUUGAGCGGGAGAAGAACGAUGUCAACGAGAAGCUCCGCAUCACUGGCAAGCGCAUCGACCAUCUCGAGCGUGCCUACAGAAAGGAGGAAGUUAAGAAGCUUGCUGAGGACUAUGCCGAGCAGCAGAAGCGAGACCAGGCUAUCUACGAGCAAGUCAAGGCCGAGACACUCAAGGAGGCCAAGGAGAAGCACGAGCAAAGUGUCGAGCUCAAGCACCGCCUCAGUCGUCUCAUGCCCUUCUACGAGAAAUUCCGGUCCGGCCUCCAAGAGCGUCGCCGUGACGAGUUCGAGAAGCGUCGCCGCGAUGCGGAGAGGGAGCUGGAGAAGCAGAUUGCGGCCCGCAAGAAGGAGUAUCGCGACCGCAAGAUCCGCGAGAAGAGACAGAGAGAGGAGGAGGAGCGCCAGCUUCGCGAGGCCGAGGAGCGUGCCGCGAGGGAGAAGGAGGAGCAGCGCCAGCGCGACGAGGCAAGGAGAGAGGAGAUGGCCAAGCUCAAGGCGCAACGCGACCAGGAGCGCCAAGAGGCACUGGAGAAGGCUGCGCUGCAGGCGAGACGGGAGGAGGAGGCCCUGGCGAGGCGGAAGGCCGAGCGGGAGCGCCCGGCUGCUCCACCAGCUCGCCGCGACGUGCCCAUGGAGCGGACGGAAUCUGCCGGAGAGCGCAGACCUCUCAACCUCCCCGGUGCAGGCAAGUGGCGCGACCGGGAAGCCUCGCGCACCAACGACGUGCCUCCUGCGUCCCUCCCGACUCGUGGUGGACCUCCUAUGGAGCGCACCGACUCCAACGACAGAGCUGGUGGUCCUCCCCGUCUCAACCUCGUUGGCCAAGGAGGCAGCAAGCCGUCGUGGCGUGACAGGGAGGCUGCCAAGGCCGCCAGCGGGUCCGCGCCCGAGAGGGAUUUCUCGUCCAGGUCCGCCUCCGGACGGGGACCUCCCAUGGCCCGUACAGACUCCAACCGGGGUGAGAACGGCCGCGAUGAGUCACCGGCGGCGGCGCCGCCCCGGGACAGCCUUCAGUCCAGUGGUGCUCCCGGCAAGUAUGUGCCGCGGUUCCGCAGAGCCGAAGGUGGCAACUAG